UAGAAAAACCACCGGUAGUGAAAUAUCGCUCAUUACUAGUUGGGUGUAAAUUUCACCACAGCUGAUUUAAUGUUGGUUUUUUGGCAGACUUUUUAACUUCAUUACAAAAAGAUGGUUUCAGUUUUAAAAAUAUUAAAUGUUGCAAAAAAUUUUAAAACUAUUAUUAAUAGCGCCGCCAGCACAUCCAUUUCAAAUGUAUUAUUAACCAGAAUACUAUACAAACAACAAAAUGUGAAAUCUGCUGUUUUGGGGGCAGUGACGGCGCGGUCAUUUCAUUCAACAAGCCAAUGUCGAGGUUUAAUGGAAUUCUUCGAUGACCCUAAAAACUGGCCAGAAAAUGAGGUAAAAGUUGGUCGUGCUUGGAAACUGGAAGAGUUACGUAUCAAAUCAAAUAAAGAAUUGCAUCAAUUGUGGUAUAUUCUUCUCAAAGAGCGGAACAUGCUGCUUACAAUGGAGCAUGAAUGCAAUGACAAAAUGGAAUUAUUUCCUAGUCCAGAACGUUUAGAUAAGGUAAAAAUAUCAAUGGAAAAUCUAGAAUCAGUCGUCCGUGAAAGAAAUAAGGCCUACCAUCUACUUGAAACAGGCGAAACCGGUGAGCGCCCAAGUCGCGUAGUAUCCAAUCAACUAGGUAUUCGCUACUUAUACAGAUCCUGUGAACACGUAUUGCCCCCUUAUAUGAACGUCAAAUGGAUAAAAUCGCGAAAUAUUGGUUUCGGUGGACGAGCGGUGCGCAAAUUCUUGUUAUUGUACCGUGAGAAACUCUACAAUAUAAAACGCAAAGCCAAGAAUCGUUCCCGCAACGAAGUCAUGAUGAUGUUACGACGUAACCCGAACAUAGAUGUCCAUAUGUUGCGGCGUAAGUAUCCAGAUGUGGACAUUGAUAAGUUGUUGAGAGAUGAUAAAACUCGUGGACACUGUGUGCCUAAGGUCGAUGUCUGAAUAAGUUGUAACGAAAUAAUAAAAUGUUUUGUAUACAUAAGAAAAGUGUAUUUUAUCUAGUACCAACAGGAGAAAUGAGGAUUGCGUUCCCAUAUGAGUCAGGUAUAUAUAUGUCCAUCAUCGCAACGGAACGUCCCAGAUUUAUAUCUGGCCAUGGGCUGUCCCUCUAGCUGGAUUCUUUCAAACUCUGGGAAGCCCUCACACCGCUACAACUAAUCGUCAUCAUUGAACGUAAUUUUUUUACCCUGAAAAGUGGCUAUGGCAGGCUUUAGCUUCUGUUUCGCUAUCCAUGAAGGAUGUAGUGUAUCUGUUGUAUUCAACCUUUUAGCAUUUUUCGCUGGUGCAGCAACUUUAUAAGGUUCCUGUGUCUUGAUUUCUUCGUGGACUUCAUCUCCGAAAACUAUUUUCUUUCCUUUAAAAUCGGUGAUUACUGGUUUAAAUUUUUGUUUUGCCGCCCAGGAAGGGUGUAAGUCCUUGUCAUUUUCCGUGGACUUGGUACUUUUAUUUAGUGCGAAGUUAUUUUUCGGCCCGACUUCUUCAUCCCUUCUUUCUUCAAGGUCACUGUUAUCGACAUCGUCGAACUUUAUCUUCUUGCCCUGAAAACUACCUAUCACUGG